GUCAAUUGUGGAGCAUUAACGCGCUUAGGUCAAUCGUGCCGCUAAUCGUACUCGUGCACUUGUACUCGUGAAAAUCUCAAUCGCAGCUAAUUCUAACUGAAAAAACUCCAAACAAUUUCGGAGUUUUCAUGAUUUUCGUCUAUUUAAUUAAACCGAAAUAUACUUAUCUUGAUCUAUUAAAACCUGAAUAGAGAAUUGGUCGUUCUUAACAGAACUUUUGUCAAGUUUGUAGUCGAAGAUCAGGAUCUACCGAAAAAGAAGAGUACGUGUCGCAUGCGAGGCUCAUCACUAAGCAGCAGACCUAUGGGGGUUGCGACGGACACCAUACGGUUCUCCAAGCAGCCACGCGACCACCAACCGUGGGAGGGUCGUUUCGCUCCGCUGAGUCGUGAAAACACCCCGUUGGAGUAACAUAGCGUUGCAUCCUGGGUCGCAUCACUUUGAGGUCCCGCAGACGUUUAUCGGACUUCCUCGUUCGUCCACGCGCCCUGCGGGUAUAAUAAAGUGAAGAAAUUUAAAACAAGAGAUUAAAUAUUUUGAAAAAUAAAAAAUUGUACUCUUUUUCUUCGUUUUUGUUUAUUGCGCGAGUGUUUUGUGAUUCAUUGAAUGAAGUGAACAGUGAAAACAUGAGUGCGUUCAAGAGAUAUCAGAGUAAAGUGUUCUGGGAGCAAAUGGCUUCGCAUGAUCUGGAGGACGAUCGUUUUAUAGAACGAAACGAACCUUUACAUCGCUCUUUUAACGAACAUCGUGAAAAAGAGAAUGAAGAGGAAGAGGAUUCUACCAAUAAAUCGGAAAGUGACACGAUCGAUGGUGCGAAUAUUACCGCGAUACGUGUCUGCAAUGAUAGUGAAGAGAAUCCAAAACAAGACGUGUGUCAAAUUUCGUUGACAGGCGAAGAAAGUAUUGUACAUUGCAGGAUGGCGGAAAUGGAUGGACAAGAGGAGCGCAAAAUUGCUACUGGAAACAGAUCAUGUAGUCCUUUGAGCCAAGAUCUCAGAAGUCAAGAUUCUGGAUUCUCCGAUUCCGAAAGAUCAGACUGCUCGGAAGCAUCUGAAAAGAUAACUCCACGACGGAAGUCAAAAAGAAGAAUGAGGCAACGUAAAAUGCAAUCAAUGGGGAUUGCUUCGCCAUGGUUAGAAGAUGGAUCUCCGUCGAUGCCAAAGCACACGUCCACGCCAAAGCAUUCCAGGACAUUCGUGAAGAAUCGUUUCAAGCAAUCGCGGAGACAAAGAGUCAACGAGGAGCAGAGCGAUGCGUCAAAGGUAUCCGUUUCAUUGGAGGACGAAUGUCUGGGCGAUUUUCUAUAUGCGUCCGAACCGCCGGAAGAUAGUAUUCAGUUGUCUUCAGUAACGAGAUCGCGGACGAUUGGUACAGAUACUGCGGCGGAUGUGAUCGCUGCUGGCAGGGAGGUGUUGAAUUCCAGGAGUUAUCGUCAAUCGUCGUCCUUGAGAGUGUGGUUGACCGAUCUCGCUAUGGAAACUGAGAAUGAAUGCGGCAGUACACUGCAGAGCAAGAAUUUGCCGCGAAGUCGGAUGGCGUUUUCCGGCGGGAUUCACGCGCGAGAUCUCAAGAUGUUGUCUUCCGCGGCUACUGCCGCUGCGAGCAAACUUCUAGUCACCGCGGAACGUUUCGAGCAACAUUAUCGAAGCAUCGUCGAGAAGAUAAUACAGCUGGAAGGCGGCAAAUUCGAAAUGGAGCUGCUUCGUAGCAUAGAGGAGGCCGCUUUCUCGGUCCUCUCCCAGUUAGGAGCUCCUCCACCUCGCAGGAUUCAGCAGGGUAGUCUGAAGAGCAUACUAGCGCAGUUGCAAAAUAUGAAGACGUACGUCAAUGAUAUGAUUGACACGCGUUUGGAUUUCUACAUCGAGAAAAUAGUUCGUGGUCUUGAGGAGACUCCGCGGCAAGAUGACAGCGUGGCUAGAGGAGCUCUAGCGGCCCUGACGGCUUUAGGAUUAUCGGAUCCUCGCGCGGGAAACAGCAUAGCUCGAUGUUCUGGUAUAAAGGCUCUCCUAACGUGUCUUAUAAGCACCGGUCGAGCACCUUCAAACGAUUUUGUCGCUAUCACAUUACGCGCUCUAGCCAGCAUAUGCAAUUCCACGACGGCGAUCGAGCACUUUGCUCGAGACGGCGGUCCUGAAAUUCUGACUGAUCUUCUGAACCUAGAAUCCUCUUCCGAGAGGGAGAAGACUGAAGCUACUGCCUUAGUGGUGCAGAUCACGGCACCGUGGACCGACGCGCAGGGUUUGCCAUGCCUCGAGCCUUUCGCGAAUUUCUUAAUUCCGGCUCUAAAUCGACUAAUUGAGAGUACCGAUUGCGCUCAAACAUUGCUGCUGGCUGCCGCGGCAUUAAAUCACUUGUCAAAAUCGAAACUGUGUACGGGGAUCAUAUUGCAACAGGAUAGUGUGAGGAAACUCUUGCGAAGCGUGAAGAAAUCCGUCGGCGAUAACGUUUGGUUGAUGGAGCAAGUCGCCGCGCUAAUCGGCGAGUUGGCGCGCGUUCCCGAGGGUCGGUCGCAUUUGGCUGGAGUGCGAGCCUCCGUGGCUCUGGUCUCUUUUCUCCGCAUGAGACCACCGGGUUUGGAAGACGCAUACCGAAGGCUGGAGAUCACUGCGGCGGCCGCGCUGACGAGGCUUUGUGUGGAACCGGAGAUUGCGAGGCAAGUUGUUGCAGUUGGUGGCGGAGAUUGUCUGACAGGACAGUGCAGGGUCAAUAAUUUCCAAGCAGAAGAGGAGGAGACGCAACAGGUCGGAACAGGUCUCUUAAAAUACACCAGGUCGUUGAGACGAGCGUGUAAGAAGGCCGCAAAGCAAAUCGGGAUCGCGAAGGCAAAGGAUCACAGCACACUGGACUGAGGAAAAGGUCUGGAAAAAGGAACACUUAUUAUAACAAAAGGAUUCAUGCAAUUGAAAAUAAUUGCGAGAUAUAACAUAACAUAAAAAAGAAGUCUGUACAUAUAUUUCACAC